AUGUCUGCUACUACCCCUCCAAGUCGAUGGUCAAUCACAACCAUUGCCAACUCCGCCAUCCAAGACCUUCUAGAACAUACAGGACGCAAAUCCUGAUUCUGCCCUGGACAAUUUAUCUCUCUACUCUAGCCUACCGCCAGCAGGUAAGGUAGGUAAACGGUCCCUUAUCGCUUGUUUCCUUAACUCCAACUUAAAAAUUGUACUCUGCAGCCUCAUCGCAUAGUUCGCCCAAAAUGUCCACCGCAGUCAUCUCCGCCGAGGAUGCCCUUGAGCCCUCUCUGCAGUCUCUCCUGGACCAGCGAAGCCUUCGUUGGAUCUUUGUCGGUGGCAAGGGUGGUGUCGGCAAGACCACGACUUCCUGCUCCCUCGCGAUUCAGCUUGCCAAGGUCCGACGCUCUGUUCUUCUCAUCUCGACCGAUCCCGCCCACAACCUUUCAGAUGCUUUUUCUCAGAAGUUUGGCAAAGAGGCCCGCCUUGUCAAUGGGUUUGAAAACCUGAGUGCGAUGGAGAUCGACCCGAAUGGUAGCAUUCAGGAUAUGUUAGCAGGCCAGGGCGAGGCCGAUGAUGUCAACGCUGCGGCUGGUGGCCCUCUGGGAGGCAUGAUGCAGGAUCUGGCAUUCGCAAUCCCUGGUAUCGACGAGGCUAUGUCCUUUGCCGAAGUCCUCAAACAAGUCAAGUCCCUCUCAUACGAGACCAUCGUCUUCGACACAGCCCCGACAGGCCACACCCUGCGCUUCCUUCAGUUUCCCACCGUUCUCGAGAAGGCUCUCGCAAAGGUUUCUCAGCUGUCGUCACAGUAUGGUCCUCUCCUCAACGGAUUCCUUGGCUCUGGAGGCCAGCUACCCAACGGACAGAACCUCAAUGACAUGAUUCAGAAACUUGAAUCCUUGCGAGAGACCAUCGGCGAGGUCAACACUCAGUUCCAGGACGCCGAACUCACCACAUUUGUUUGUGUGUGCAUUGCAGAGUUUCUGAGUCUCUACGAGACGGAGCGUAUGAUUCAGGAGCUUGCUGGUUAUGGUAUCGAUACCCACUCCAUCGUUGUCAACCAGCUGCUCUUCCCCAAGAAGGCUAGCGAUUGCGAUCAGUGCAACGCCCGUCGCAAGAUGCAGCGCAAGUAUCUUGACCAGUAUGAAGAACUAUAUGCUGAGGACUUCAAUGUCGUCAAGAUGCCUCUCCUUGUUGAGGAGGUACGAGGAAAGGAGAAGCUUGAGAAGUUUAGCGAAAUGCUUGUUACGCCCUAUGUUCCUCCUGAGUAAGGCUGGUAUUAAGAGCGAGACAUAGACCGUGAUAUGGAAUACGAGAGAACGGAUAUUAGAUAGUGUCACAUAUAAAAGAGCACCGGUGGCGCGGAGUUGUGAAAUAAUUGAUUGAUGGCUUACGAUAAUACACGCUAGAAUUGAGAUGCAAACACAUUCAAUCACAAAAAAGAAGUACCCAACGA